GAACACGCCUGUGACGACAGUUUUAACUUUCCUAUGCUCCCAUCUUACAGCACAAGCCUUUCUGCAUGAGCGGUGCUUAACCGGCAAGUUCCCGAGUUUGUGCUAAGUCAAGGUUACGCGCCGACAACGGACUGACGGGUAAACAUAACUAGCGACUAGCGUGCUGCAGUGCACUGCUGCCUGCUGCGUAUCCACAUCCAAGGACCAUCCACGCAUAGAGAAUCUUUGGACGGCACGCAUGUAAUAUGCUGGGGGUACUUAUUUUGAAACCCAGUGCGCAGUAAGAAAUGGGCAAUUUAACCGUUGUGUGAGUGUCACCUAAGUGUGCUGUCAUCCCUGCAUGCGUCGAAGGUAGUGCCAGCGGCGGCCGCUAGGGGCGCUGCGGCAGCCAGCAGGCGUCAGCCUGUCCCGUUGCGCACAGAUCAGUUGGCGCUCGGCGGCGCUUAGUUGAGGUUAUUGGUGCGAGGUGUGGUGUGGUGCCGUUACCGAAACAGGCAGCGCCAUGAGCUUCACCAUGACAUUACCGACAGCUUUGGUCAUCGCCAUGGCGACGCUCGGCUGUGCGCCCAGUGCUGGUGGCACGACCAACCUCACGGGAUACUUCGACUCCCUCUCCUUCAGCGAGGCCAAAACGUCCAACAACUAUAAUUCCUCAUCCAGCUUCAACCCUCUCGGAAUGGGUCAUCUUUACUACGUCACUAAUUAUUUCAUUGACCUGGUCGUCAAGAAAGAUUUACUACCGGAAGGUUCAAAGAAGCAUAUUGAGUCAUUGCUCCGAAGUGCAGUAGGCCCACCUCGUGCAAACGCAAUUAUUCGUUUUGACAGCAGAUACAUAGAAGAGGACCAGUUUUAUCUUGAUUGGGCACAUCUGCAGCCAUUGUUGAGCUUCCAUACUGGCACAUUAGCAGUGGUUAGUGUGGGUUUGCUGUUUGCUCUGGUGAUGCCCUUAGCUGGACUCAUCCUCUGUUGCUGCCGAUGUUGCCGUUCUUCACGACGCCCCCGAACUGAAAAGCACAGAGAUGGAUGCCGGCGUUUAUUAUAUGGUACAUUAUUGGCAGCUGUUGCAACAAUAAUAUUGUUCGGUGUUGUCUGUGCAUUUGUUACAAAUGCGUACAUGGAAAAUGGAAUUAAAGCUUUGCCCAGGAAGUUAAAUACUGCAUUGGAUGACUCUCAGCUGUAUUUCACAAAUACAAAACUGGAAGUCAGCACUUUGUUGGUAACAAAUUAUGAAGAGCUUCAGGAAACAGUCAGCAAAGCUUUGAGUUCCUGUGGAAAGUUACUGGCAAGUGAGCUUGCAGAAGAAUCCCAGGCUGUGGUUUUAUCUAAUCUCACUCUGUUGGUGGCUGAUCUCCCAGUUGUUCAAGCGGAACUUAAGAAAACUCAAGAACUUACAAAGUCAUUACAGAGCAGUGCAGUUCAACUCCAGCGUGAAUUAUCAGAAAUUCGAGCAGAUUUGGAGGAAAUGCUGAGAAACUGUAGUACCAAGCCUGCCUGUCAAAAUGCUAUCACAAGUCAGAAUAUACAAAAUCUUAAUACUACAGCAGAUUUUACGAAUCUACUUGACAGAUACUUUCCAAAGCUACCUAACAUGAAUGAGAGCCUGGAUGCUGUCGAAGAAUUAUUAGCAGACGGUAUUAUAGAAAAUGUAAAAAAAGGAGCAAACUCCUUUGAACAAAUGAUGAAAGAUAUAAAUGAAUCUGUGAAUAAAAGUAAACCGGAUAUAGAAAACACCAUGAGAGAUGCAGGUGUUGCUAUUCAGGAUAAAGCUGACAAAAUUUCAAAAAUGGUUGAGAAACUUAAUGAUGAGAUUAAUGAUAGUGUAAGAAAACCUAUUACCAAUAAUUUGCAAAAGGGAAUUGAUGAUUACAGCCGAUACAGAUACUACAUUGACAUAUCUGUGAGUUCAGUGGUACUUGUAGUAUUGCUGUGUAUGACACUGGGACUUUUUUAUGGUUUUUGUGGCAAACGACCUGACGCCAUGUUCAAUGAAGACUGUUGUAACAAAGGCACUGGUGCAAGUUUCUUAAAACUAGCUGUGUGGGUUAUGUUCCUGUUCUCAACAGUUUUAAUGCUGGUAACUUUAGCACACUUUGUGGUUGGAGUAGUACUCCAGCGAGCAGGUUGUGAUACACUGCAAAAUCCUGAGGACAGCCAAGUAUUUGCACUGAUUGAUAAGCAUGUGGAUGUCGCUAGUAUAUUUCCAUCCAAUUCUAGUAACAUUACCCUAAGCUCUAUCGUAAUGUCAUGUCAUAUGAAUGAGAGUUUGUUUGGAGUACUUAGAGUAUUGGAUGCUGUAAAUAUAGCAGAGAUUAAGAAUUUUUCAGAGAAGUUCAGGAUUGAGGAAAAAAUCCGUGCCUUGGAGGACAGCAUAAAAAUUGGUGAUGAUGUAAAUUUUGUUAUACUGGAUGUAGAUACCAGAAAAGAUCUUGAGACUUUAAAAAACUCUCCACUAAAUUAUAUUAAUUUCACAGCAUUUUCUUCUGUGCUGGGCGCCCAGAUUGUUGCAGCAAAUGUUACGAAAUUGGCAAAGACACUGAAUGACACUGCAGAUGAUCUCUCAAGGAACCCUGGCAGUGAUAUAAAAAAAAUUCAGGAUUCACUGAGGAAACAUUCUGCCCAACUUGUGAUGCUCCAGACAACAACUAUAGAUCCAAUGACUGCCCAAGUAAAUUCUCUCAUUGCCACAACUACUUCACUUCAGGAACACCUUAAAUUUAAUCAUAAUUCGUUAUCUGAUGCCAUUGAUUCUCUUCUUAAAGAAAUUGAUGAAGCACAGAUAUAUCUGCAAACUAAUGCAACACAGAAGAUUCAAGAGCUAACGGAAAGUUUGAUAAAUGAAUUUGUGACUUAUAUUAAGAGCUAUGAGACGCAUGUUGUGCAGUUCACUGUCAAUGAUCUUGGACGAUGUGGGCCAGUAAGCAAGGCCUAUAAUGCAACAGUAGUGGCGACAUGUGAUGAAAUCCUUAAACCAUUUAAUGGGUUCUGGGCAAGCAUUGGAUGGUGCCUACUGCUGUUCAUUCCAGCCAUUGUAAUCAGUUUGAAGCUGACUGGUCUAUAUCAUAAGUUGGAUCCAUAUCAAGGACCUCUUGCAGAAUCUGAGUACUUAUACGAUGCAUAUGCUGAUCGGGAUAAUAUUCCACUCGCCAAUGGCCCUGAUAAAAAGAACCAUCAUCGCCGCUAUAAUGAAACAUACGAUAAUUCAAGUGGUUACAUGGGUGACUACAAUACGCAUCUAGGACGUGGUGAUCGAAGCAGAGAUCGUACAUCAGCAGGAUACAGCCCUGAAGAUCUCAGAUUUACAGAUAUGGCCCCAAAACACUGGGACUUCUCUAACGGGGGUGUGCCUCGCUACCACAGUCCUCCUCUGUCUACUGAGUAUGAGCGUCCUCCUCCAUAUUACUACCCUGGCCCAGGUGACAGCAGCAGAAGAUAAGCUGUACACACAAGAGAAAAACAUUUUUAAUUCCUGUGAUUGUUUCAUCCUCUGUAGCUCAAGUAGCUCCAGCUUUGUGGGCAGAGUGAGCACAAUAAAGUCCAUGUAUCAUUACUGUAUUUUCAGAAGUUUUUAAUAUCUUAUUGUUGCAUUCAAAACUGUGAUUCUGCAGGACAUGCAUUGCAUUAUUUUUAAAACAUAAACAAAGUGAUAUGUACAAAUUUGCCUCAGAGUAGCUGAUAAAUAGGAUUAGUUAAAUAAAUGUUCUGAACUCUGAAAUGAAAUGUUAAACGUAUGUUAUAUUUUAAUGCAUUGAGUGUUAAUUUUCUUUUUAUGUAUUUGAGGAAACCUGCUGAUGGUGUAUUUGCAGAAAAUGAGUGUCUAUGAAGUAAAAUGGAGUAGCUGGAGAAAAAAAUAACUUGUCAACAAAGCACCAAUAAUCUUUACUGAACUUUUCAAGUGCUAUAAUGUUAAAUUGUUUGACAACCUUUGAAAUGUUCACAUUUUCAUGGCUAAUAAAUUCUGCUGAAGAAAUAAUUUUCAGAGUUCUGGCAUGAAAACAAAAGAGAAGUAGUCAUAGACAGAACAUGCCACAUAAAUAAAACAUUCCUUUUGAAUAGAUAAUAGUAUUCAUUUCCAUAGUCAUUACCCAUGAAACAUAAACAGGGGAUUUUCAACUGAAAUAGGAAAUUUAUACUAAUUUACCAUGCCAGCAAAUUAUCAGUAUUAUCAUUUUAUUUUGACCCACUUGUUAGUAACAAACCUCUAAACAACAGAAAUUAUUGUGCAUUUAAAACUUAAGUCUUUGCCACUCAUGUGAGGUACAUACAAUUUUGUAUGACUGUUAGGUUCAUUUCAUCACAUUUUUAAGUUGUAAAGCUUUUGACUAUUAAUAUUCACUUAAGUGCAAAAUAAAUGUAUUAAUAUAGCCAUAGUCCACUGAAACAGCCAUUUUAUUUUCAAUCUAUUUGAAUUCAAUUGCUCAUAAAUUUGUAAUUUAUUUGUUGUAACUGAGAUCCAUUUGUAUAUGUGGACCUUACAAGAGGUGUUGUUGGAAUACGUAUUGUAUUAAAGACUGAUGACUGGAAUGGGCAUUUGAGUUUGCAUCUUUUAUGAAGUAAUUAUUAAUCUUUGUGUUCCUUACUGCUUGCAGUAAAUUGUGAUGAAAUUCAUAUUGUACUUUCAUAAUAGUAAAGUCAUUAUGUGUUGCUAUUUAUGUUAGACAUACAAGCCAUAUAUCUGUGUGCACAAAGAGGAUAGUGACAAUAUAUAUUUUACCCUUGUACACAAUGUGCCAUUGAUACUGAAUAAACAUUUAUAGUUUUUUAAGACUAGUUAUUAAUGAUAUAGAAUAGGUUUUGUUUGUAUUUGUUGUUUCAUUAGCAUUUUAAUGUUUUUGUUGAAAGCUGCUGACAUAGUCAAACAGUUCUUGAUGAAGUAUCUGCUAUUUUUUCAAAAACUGAAACAGUGAAAUAUAACUGUUUGUAGUCUUCAUUAUUCAGUUAAGAUUGUUGGUGAAGACCCGUUAUUUCAGUAUUUUAAUAUUCCUCUGUGAGUAGUUUGAUAUUGCAUCACAUUAAAUUCCGUUUUUAUUAAUAGAUGCAUGUCACAUGCAAGUGCAAACCAAAAAAGAAAUUUGU